AUGUAUGUGGAGGUUCAUGAGACCCGAUCUCAAGCGCACUCGGCAAGUGAAGAGAGAAAGGUGAUGAGGAAGCAGCAGGCAGAGAGCAACAGCCAAGAGUCAGCCUCACACAAAAAGGCAAAAACUGAAGAAGAAGAAGGUACUGAUCACGAAGAUGGAAUCCGAGCAGAGUUUGAGAAGUUCUGUAAGACUAUAACCGAACAUCUCUCCGUCAAGCAAAUGCACGAAAUCCUUGAAGCAAAUGGCCAGUAUUCUAAAGGUGAAGAUGAUGCUGUUGUUCCUAGAUGUCAAGACAUAAUGUUUUUCGGGCCACUGGACAAUUGUCCUAUUUGUGGUGGCAAUUUGGAAUGCUCUGGCGAUGGUUAUCAUUGCGUUGGAGAUUAUAGUGAGUGGUCGAGUUGUAUUUAUAGCACCAAGGAACCACCGAGAAGAGGAGAGUCUCUCAAACUCCCUAAAUCUGUUGAAAGUACUCCAGUAUCUGAUCUGAUCAAGAAACGGGGAAACCCCAACAAGAGUCGCCCCCGAAAGGAAAUAUCUGCCCCAAGGAAGCCAUUUGAUGGAAUGAUGAUAUCUCUAGCUGGUCGUCUUACUCGAAAACACCAAUACUGGAAAUCGAAAAUUGAGAAAUUUGGUGGAAAAGUGAACAACUCUGUCACUGGGGUUGCUUGCGUAGUAGUUUCUCCCGCUGAACGUGAUCGUGGUGGCUCAUCCAAAGUAGCUGAAGCUUUGGAGAAGGGUAUACCGGUAGUGAGGGAGGCUUGGUUGAGUGAUAGUAUAGAAAUGGAAGAAGCUCAGCCUUUAGAUGCAUACGACGUUGCCAGUGACAUUGCUGUAGAAGGUAAAGGUAUUCCCCUUGAUAAGAUGGAUCCAAGUGCAGAGGCACUCGAAACCGUAACAGCCGAGCUUAAAGUGUUUGGAAAAAGAGGGGUACACAAAGACGCUAAGAUGCAGGACGAAGGCACAAGAAUAUUGGAGAAAGAUGGCUUAUUGUAUAACUGUGCACUGUCUGUUUGCAACCAAAAGAACAAACUCAACGACUUCUGUAUUAUGCAACUUAUCAUGUCAUCGGAGAAUCGUUUGCAUAUGUAUUAUAGAAGGGGCAGAAAUGGUGAUAGCUUAAGAGCAGACGACAAGCUAGAGGAGUGGGAAAAUGUCGAUGAUGCGAUUAAGGAGUUCGCUAGGCUCUUUGAAGAGAUGACUGGAAAUGAGUUCGAACCCUGGGAAAGGGAAAAGAAGAUUCACAAAAAGCAUCACAAGUUUUACCCUACUGAUAUCGAUGACGGAAUAGAGGUUAGGCAUGGAGCGCUUGGCCUAAGGCAACUUGGUUCUGCUGCUGCACAUAGUAAGCUUGAUUCGGUAGUAGCAAAUUUCAUGAAAGUCCUUUGUAGCCAAGAGAUAUACAGGUAUGCUUUAAUGGAGCUGGGACACGAUUCACCGGAAAUUCCUAUAGGGAUGCUUACUAAUCUUCAUUUGAGAAGAUGUGAAGAAAUUCUCCUACACUUCGUGGAGAAAAUAAAAUCAAUGAAGGAAACAGGACCGAAAGCAGAGGGUGUCUGGUAUGAGUUCAGUCAAAUGUGGUUCACUCUCAUGCCAUCUACGAGGCCUUUUACUUUCAGGGAUUAUGCCGAUCUCGCAGAGCAUGCUGCAUCUGCCUAUGAAACUAUUCGGGACAUCAACUUUGCCUCGCGUAUUAUAGAAGACAUGUCUGGAUCUACGCUUGAUGAUCCUCUCUUUGAGUGUUACAAGAAACUCCUCUGUUCAGUUUCUCCCUUGGAGAAAGAAUCUGAUGACUACAAAAUGAUAGUGAACUACUUGGAGAAAACUUACGAGCCGGUCCAAGUUGGAGAUAUGAGCUAUGGUGUAUCGGUUGAGAAUAUAUUUGCCGUUGAAGUUAGUGCUUGCCCUUCCCUUGAUGAGAUCAAGGAAUUACCUAACAAAGUUCUUCUCUGGUGUGGUACGAGGAGUUCGAAUCUUUUGAGGCACCUGCAGAAAGGUUUCUUGCCUUCAGUUUGUUCACUUCCCGUAUCGGGAUACAUGUUUGGAAGAGCCAUCGUUUGCUCGGAUGCAGCAGCGGAAGCAGCAAGAUAUGGUUUCACAGCUGUAGACAGGCCAGAAGGUUUCUUGGUUUUAGCCGUUGCUUCACUCGGAGAAGAAAUUAAGGAGCUUCCGAGCCCUCCCGAGGAUACUCGAGCGUUGGAAGAGAAGAAAGUUGGAGUAAAAGGACUUGGAAGGAAGAAAACCGACGAGAAAGAACAUUUUGUCUGGAAGGAUGAUAUUAAGGUACCGUGCGGUAAGCUGAUUCCAUCGGAGCAUAAGGACAGUGUCCUCGAGUACAAUGAAUAUGCCGUCUAUGAUCCACAACAGGUGAGUAUAAGGUACUUGGUGGCGGUAAAAUUCGACGAGCAGGAUGCAGUAUACGAUACAGCUGAACCCGGGCAAUAG